CCGCGGAAAUCGGUUGAAAUGUUCAACUAAUUCCAAGCACUGGUGUGGAAUAUCAUAAAUAACUUAAUAUUACUGAAUUAUCAUAAUUGAAUUAAACUCUUACUUGUGGUACAUCCCGGCCAUUAUUAUUAUAUCUCACUGAUGAAUUGUGUGAGAGUUUCGUUCGAAAGUUCAUAUGUUUGUAAAAUUGAAGAAAAAGAACAUCAAUAUCGUUCUAGGUAAUAAGUACUUGCCUCCGCAAAUCAUAUAAUUCAGACAUAAACUAUCGUUCGGCGAUGAAUAGUGACUAAUAUAUGAGAAAAAAAUAGCAGCAUUACAUAAGAUAAAUCCAAAUCUUUAUAUCAAAUUAGAAGAAAAUACUUUGGAAAUGAAAAAUUUAAUAAAAAAUUUCUAGAUUUGCUUGUAUUCUUCUUGUUCUUUUCUUGAGAUUCCUAACAUAUGUACUAGUAUGGACAAUAACUUAACGAUCUAGCACCUUAUAAAAACCUCAGAAAUUAAUAAAUAUACGAUAAAGAAUAAGAUAAGAAACAAUUGUAUUAGAAUAUAGAAAAAAAAAUCAUAGAAACAAUUAAUAAUUAAUAAUUACAAUUAAUAAUUACAAUUAAGGCAGACAAAGUUUUAGAAAGCAUGGGACAUGUUAGCUAAUUAAAGAAUUAAUAAACUCAGCAUAUUUGCUAAUAUUAGGCGUUAUUUGUCUUGUCUUGUCUUCAUAAACAACUGAUCUGCGGUUUACUUAUUCCGGUCAGAGGAUACCACGAUAAAGUUUAUCAUUGCCUCGGUAUAUACUCUUUUGCUCUGAUUCACGUUGCAUUGUGUAGUAAUCAACCUUCACCAGUAGCACACAAACUGUGGUAUUAAUAUAAUAAGCAGUAUCAACAUUACGUUAACAUUAAGUUUGCAGAAGGCGCGUAGUGUUAUGUGCCGCAACUUUUAGUUUCUUCAAUUAUUCUGUUUAUUCGAACCUUUUUUAUCUUUACUUCUUUUUGACCCUAAACACGUGACUCUUCAAUAACUGCAACAAACAUGGAUUAACCUACCCACACAGCAGGAUCUCCAGAAAGAGUUCAAAAAGUAUUCUCUUUUUUGAAUUCUUUAUGAUCUGCUAAAAUGAUUACAAAAAAUGGUCUAAAAGUGCUCUUUUCUGAGUUCUUUAACAGUAAAUCAAAAAGAGCUCACUGUAAACUUAUAUUUCUAACACAAAAUAGUUCUUCAUAAUCAGCUCAUUUUGACAUCAUAUAAUAUGAUGCGUGAAAACAAAAAACACGCAUCACCCAACCUGACUCGGCUGGAUUCUUGUUGGUCAUCUAUAUAUUGUUCGUCGAUUAUUCUCUUUGUUAUUUAUAUUUACCCACAAAGUACUUUCCAAGUCUCGCAGUUCGCAGUGCAUAAAAAACACGCAGUGUGUGAAAUUGUUCCUGGUACAACGUUCUCUGACGGAAUUUUUCACGUAAUUUUUUGAGGUUAUAUGCAUAAAAAGCUCUUAUGAUGAAAUCAAAAUGAACUCAGAAGUCGACGCAUUCGGGUACAUUAUGAGCACGUUCUAACCACCUUCUGAUCUAAAUUUAUCAACUCAGAAAAAUUUUUGGAACUCUUUAGGAGUAUUAUAUGAGGUCAUCAUGCUGUCUGGAUAAACACUGUUCCUGUGUCUAUCGCGUAUUUUCUCUUCGAUAAAACCUCCUCCUUCCAAUAAACAUUCCACCGCUACGAUUAUCCUAGAGCACUUUAAACAAAGAUCCUUCUCGCCUGUUCAGUUCUCGAUCAAAGCUCGAACCAGCAACACUGAAUAAAGACUUUCCACAAACGCGUCCCGACUUAUUCUAAAUAAUCUAUUACGUAGCUAUACGAUCGUAACAGUAGAUCACAUUUCCGCAACUCAACAACAUUUAUUCUUUCACUGAACAAGUGGAUUAAUGUGCGAAAAAUCGCGAGAUGGAAAGAAUGGACGACAAGACAGACAGCAGGAUGGACGACAUAUCCACUGUCAUUACCGAGCUAGAGAUGAUCGAAGAUGUUGUGGUGAAAGAUCCUACAUCGAUUAAAGAAGAGGUAAACGAGGAUGCUGCGAAUAAAGAGUCCAUGGACACAACGGACAAGAGGAACCCGAAUUACAAUGCAAGGCAGGCGAGCACCUUCGCGGCCAAGAAAACUGUGGCACAGGGCAUGAUGGAUGUCGCGCUCAUAACGGCUAAUGCAAAUCAAUUGAGAUAUCUUAUUGAAUAUCAGCGAAACAGCCCGAUGUUUUACGUUGUUAUGAUUCUGAUUAUCAUCAGUCUGUUAUUACAGAUCGCUGUUGGUAUCAGUUUAAUUUUUAAAGGCCGAUUUGAUAUAAAGGGAAAGUCGAAAUCUGUCAACGCUCAGAGAAUCAACAAUUACGUCGUAGUAGCAGUCUUUCUUAUAACGAUUAUUAAUGUAUUCAUAGCUGCGUUUAGUAUUACUCCGAAUGUACUUCCGUCACUGACUUCUAACAUUAGGACAUAAAUACCAUCUCAUCAAACAUGACGAAUUACACCUGUUAACAUCAUUAUCAUUCGUCAUUCUUUAUUAUCAGUAAGAUAUACUAAACGAAACUAAGUUUAUGAUCUAUAUUUAUGCUGUUUUGAUAUAAGUGAUACUAUAAUAGGAUCUUUUGUGACUUUUUCCACCUAAACUUAAUUCACUAUACGUACUCAUUAAAAUUAUAAUUAAAAAAACACGGCUGGUUUUAGGACGUCGUGCAAAAUAGCAUUCCUUGUAAAUAAUUAAAAUCUACAUAAGAUACUAAGAUUUCAUUUAUUAUAUAACAUAAUAUAUAUAAUAUAAUGAAUG